CAAUGUUGCCUGUCUCUAAACUGUGACCGCGCAAGUCAACAAUCAUGCAGAGACGCAAUCACUGGUAUCUUAUAUUGCUGGUUCUGUUCUUCACAUUCGAAUUCGCCUUAGCUUCAACACCUACAUCGUUCUGCAAAUGCACAUGCUUCGGAAAUAGCACUAUCGUUGCGCUCGAUUCUCCCGUGAACUCCCAAAAGCCUUCUACAAAUUCCAUAAAAGAUCGCGCAGCCAAAAAGACGUGCAAUGACUGCAACCGACAGUUCUGUUUAAGCUACAGCUUCUGUAAAGGCGAGAAGGAGGACAAUGUGCUCACAGCUUGUUUCCAACGGGAUUCCGCAAAGGAUCGCACAGUAGUGUUCAUAUUUAUAAUUGCAACCGUCGGGUUAUUGAGUUACGCAGCUGUAAGACCGUGGAUAGAUCAGUGGACGACUAGGACACGAGAACGAACGUCAUAUAUUCCGGUGUCUGGUCAAUCAGGUCAGUGAAAGAGAUGUGGCGACCGUCGGCGUUCAGCAUACGAUACGGGGCGUUUCUACUACAAGAACGUGAACAUAAAUUCAUGGAUGAAAUUUUACAGAUACCCAAGCUAAG